AUGGACUCCGUUGACCCCUCCCCUCUUCGGCGCUUCGUGGUGGCAAAGCGUUCGAUCACCUCCAUCUUCGAUCAGCUGCUCGACUUCGUGAAGGAAGGCUCCACCUUCGUGGACGAGUGCUGUCGGGGGCAGGACCUGGGCCCGGUGGCCGUGGAGCAGCAGAGCCUGGAGAUGCAGAGCUGCGCCACCAAACUGUGGACCAUCAGAGAGGUUCUGCUGCGGAGACACAUGAAGGUGGCCUUCUUCGGCAGGACGAGUAACGGGAAGAGCACGGUGAUCAACGCCAUGCUGAGGGACCGCGUCCUGCCCAGCGGCAUCGGACACACCACCAACUGCUUCCUGAGGGUGGAGGGCAGCGAGGGCGAAGAGGCCUACCUCACCACCGAGGCGUCUAAUGAGAGGAGGAGCAUCACGACGGUGAACCAGCUGGCCCACGCUCUCCACAUGGAUCCCUCUCUGGACUCAGGCAGUCUGGUGAAGGUCAUGUGGCCCAAGAGCCGCUGCGCUCUGCUGAGAGACGACCUGGUGCUGAUGGACAGCCCGGGAACUGAUGUGACCCUGGAGCUGGACAGCUGGAUCGAUAAGUUCUGUUUGGACGCUGACGUCUUCGUGUUGGUUGGAAACGCUGAGUCCACGCUCAUGAACACGGAGAAACUUUUCUUCCACAAAGUCAGCGAGAGAAUCUCCAAACCGAACAUCUUCAUCCUCCACAACCGCUGGGACGCCUCAGUGAGCGAGCCGGAGUUCAUCCAGGAGGUGAGGAAGCAGCACCUGGACCGGGGGGUGAGCUUCCUGUCGGGGGAGCUGAAGGUGGUCGGAGAGGAAGAAGCUCCGGGGAGGAUCUUCUUCAUCUCCGCUAAAGAGGUCCUGACAUCCAGGAUGCAGAGAGCUCAGGGCAUGCCUGAGACAGGCGGCGCUCUGGCUGAAGGUUUCCACGACAGGCUGAGAGAGUUCCAGAUGUUCGAGCGGACCUUCGAGGAGUUCAUCUCUCAGUCUGCGGUGAAGACGAAGUUCGAGCAGCACACAGUUCGGGCGUCACAGAUCACCGAGACCAUCAAAUCUGUGAUGGAUGACAUCAACAUCGCCUCCGCUGACAGGAAGAUCUUGUGUCUGGAGGAGCGCGAGGAGCAGAGAGAUCGUCUGGAAUUCGUUCGAGGACAAAUCAACCGUCUGAGCGACAGCGUGAGAGAGAAGAUCAGAACUCUGACGGAGGAGGUCGCUGCCAAGGUGGAGUCGGCGCUGUCCAAUCAGAUCCGAUCACUUCCUGUUCUGGUGGACGAGUUCAGAGCCGACUUCAGCCCAACACAGCAAACUCUGCAGCUCUACAAAACUAAGCUGCUGCAGCACGUGGAGCAGAGGAUGGAGGCGUGUCUCUCUCAGCGCUGCAUCAGCAUCCUGCAGGACAUCAGAGAGGCUCAGAGUCACAUGACCGACGGUGUACGUCUUCUGCUGUCGGCCCCCGAUCAGCUGUCCGCCACCCCCCUCUCCUUCGAGCUGACCUUUGACCUGGGCCUCGCCGCCCUCUGCGCUGACUUCCAGGAGAACCUGGACUUCCAGUUCUCUCUGGGCUGGACGGCGCUCGUCACCCGGUUCAUCGGAGCGGCCGGCGCCAAGCGGGCGCUGAGCGAGGACGGCUCCACCCUAAAGGAUGCGAUGAGGGUUUCCAUGGCGACGGGGCUACUGUCCGUCACGUCGCGGGCGUCCAUGACGGUGCUGGUGAUCGGCGGCGUGGUGUGGCGCUCUGUGGGCUGGCGCCUGCUCUCCGUCUCCCUCUCUCUGUACGGCCUGCUCUUCCUCUAUGAGAGGUUCUGGUGGACGGACGCCAGCAGGGAGCGAGCUCUGAAGGCUCAGUUUGUGGAGUUCAGCGGGCGGCGCCUGAGGGCCGUGGCCCCCGCCUGCAGCGCCGCCUGCAGCCAGCAGGUGUUCAAGGAGCUGUCGGGCAGCUUCAGCCGGCUGACGCAGCGCGUGGAUCUGAGCGAGGCUGAGCUGGAGGGGAACAUCCGGACGCUGAGCUUUAGGACCCAGAGGCUGGAGAACAUCCAGAGGAAGUCCAAGGCCUUCAGGAACAAAGCGACGGAGCUGGAGACUCAGCUGGAGGUCUUCUCCGCUCAGUACCUGCAGGGAAACUGAGGAAGAAGAAUAGUGCUAAAUGAUCCAUGACAUUAUCCACCACCAUGUAGUACCAGUUAUAAACCUCUUGUUUCUCACUUUCCAAAGAUGCUCUGAGCUCCUCAAAAAGAAAAUAAGUGCUAUAAAAAACACAAUAUCUGGUCGUAGGUUAGUUUAAAUCUGUGUGAGUAUCUCAGGACAUGCUGUUAGCUUAGCAGCCAGGUCAAGGGUUAUUUCAGGCUCUCUUUUGCCAGCUUCUUGACAUGGCUACGUUAUGUUUUCCUAUUGAUAUCUAUUAUCUAAAUAUCUAUAUGUGCACUACUCAUCAACUCAGAAAAGCCAGUUAGUCUUUGUUAUUUACACAACAUUGAUUGGUUUAAAUUGUGUUCAAUACUUUUGUGUUUUGCUCUUCGAUUCUGAAAACAAAUAGAUUUUUCUGAGUUUCAGAUAGCCGAAGAAACUACACUACCCAUAAUCCUCAGCUAUCGUUGGGUAGACGCUGCCAGUCGUCUUUGCUUGACAAACCUCGUGAUUAGUCAACAAGCUCCGUGAUUGGAUGUUUUAGUGGUGAUGCAACUCGG